CGCAAUCAAGCUUGUUCCACUGUGUCAGCUAGCUUACAGAGAGAGUGAGACGAGGGCAGUUUCCUUUCGCCUAGCUCGGCAUUAAAACACAUACAUUUCGCACCAUGGCUGCUACGGACGUAGACAUAUUUUCUAAUGAAGAAAAGCGUAAUCUCAGUUUGGGUGGCCAUGUUGGUUUUGACAGCCUUCCCGAUCAGUUGGUCAGUAAAUCAGUGACACAGGGUUUCUGCUUCAAUAUCCUCUGUGUAGGGGAAACGGGUAUUGGCAAGUCGACGUUAAUGAAUACGCUUUUUAACACAAUGUUUGAGAAUGAGGAGGCCAGCCACUACCAGAAUGGCGUGUGUAUGCGGCCCAGAACAUAUGACCUUCAGGAGAGCAACGUCCACCUCAAGCUGACUAUUGUGGACACUGUGGGGUUUGGGGACCAGAUCAACAAAGAGGAGAGUUAUAAACCGAUAGUGGACUAUAUCGACACACAGUUUGAAAACUACCUCCAGGAAGAGCUGAAAAUCAAGCGCUCCCUCUUCAACUACCACGACGGGAGGGUCCACAUCUGUCUGUACUUCAUUGCUCCCACAGGGCAUUCGCUGAAGUCUUUGGAUUUAGUUACCAUGAAGAAACUGGACAGCAAGGUGAAUAUAAUCCCCAUCAUCGCUAAAGCCGAUACAAUCUCCAAGAGCGAGCUCCAUAAAUUCAAGAUUAAAAUCAUGAGUGAGCUGGUGAGCAACGGAGUGCAGAUCUAUCAGUUCCCCACAGAUGACCACGCAGUCACAGAGAUCAACUCCUCCAUGAAUGCUCACCUCCCCUUCGCUGUGGUGGGGAGCGUCGAGGAGGUUAAAGUAGGAAACAAAACGGUGAGGGCCAGGCAGUACCCCUGGGGAGUAGUACAAGUGGAGAACGAGAGCCACUGUGACUUUGUGAAGCUGCGUGAGAUGCUGAUCAGGGUGAACAUGGAAGAUCUGAGAGAGCAGACUCACGCCAGACACUACGAGCUCUACCGCCGCUGCAAACUGGAGGAGAUGGGAUUCACAGAUACAGACCCCGACUGUCAGCCAUUCAGUCUCCAGGAGACCUAUGAGGCCAAGAGGAAAGAGUUCAUGGGAGACCUGCAGAAGAAAGAGGAGGAGAUGCGACAGAUGUUUGUCAACAAAGUGAAGGAGACUGAGGCAGAGCUGAAAGAGAAGGAGAGAGAGUUACACAACAAGUUUGAGCAGCUGAAGCACAUGCACCAGGAGGAGAAGAGGAAGGUGGAGGAGAAGAGGCGAGACCUGGAGGAGGAAAUGAAUGCCUUCAACCGCAGGAAGGUGGCAGCUGAGACAUUGUCCUUAGCCCAGCCACUCAAGAAGGACAAGGACAAAAAAAAAUCGGUGAAGACGGAGAACCAGUCUGGGGUGAGUCUCUCCAAAUCCAAGGUAAUGAUGGCCAAGGCCAGUGUGGAGCCUUUGAAAUGCGACAGCUGGUGGCAGGCCAUACAGUGCUGCACCUGCCUGGUCCACAAUGCCACCUGGAAGCAAGGCCUCUUCUGAGUCUCAGCACCCAUGGUGGGGAUGACUAGAGAUCAACAGGGCAUGGUACUGCAAUCAUACAGAAAAAUGGAGACCAAAAUUAUUACAUAUCCACCCACCGUUUAAUUCAUUCAAUCAUCACCAAUUCAUAUCGAUCAUGGACAAUUUUCCACUUCUUCCCUUUACCAGCCAUUCCCAUAUUACAUUGCAAUCUUAGUACCCCCCCCCCCCCCAAUGUGUUACGGUGGAAAGUAUGUGCCAACAUCCCUAUAGAUAGUACCCAUUGUGGUUUGAAAGACAAUGGAGACAUGACUACAUCAAAUCAAAUUUUAUUGGUUGCAUACACUUUAUUUAAGUUCAAUUUAAGGUACAUUUUCAGGGGAAUGUAAUUGUGAAAUACUUAUUGUUGGAAAGUAUUUAUUUGAAAAGUAUUAAGAGGACAUUUAUUUGUAUUUUACUAGAAUUUUUUUUAUGUAUCAUGUUUCUUUUUUUAAAUUCUACAAUACUUUUUGUAUUUUGUAAUAAUAUGACCUAUUGUGAGCUAGGACAAUAUGGGAUAGUUCUUAUGGAUUACACUAUAAUCUACACACAACUAACUGGUGUUCAUCAACCUCUGAAAUAUUUUAGUAUUCAGCGCAAUGUUAUGUUGUUAUAAUUUGAGUACAUUUUUCCUUUGGCCCUGGUUUGAAACAACACUAAACACUAAUUCACACAGACAGAAUUAUUCUCCAGAGUGUUUUUGCCAAUGGUUGUGGUUUGUGAAGAUAACAUUGCAGAGACGUCUUACAUUAAAACAAAGAAAGAUUUAAGAUGGAUAACUAUUACUAAAGGAUGAAAUAUGUCUGGUAGUGCAAUUAGUAUUUAACGCUUAUUUGACUUCCAGUUUGUAGUGUGUAGUAUAAAGUAUGGAUCUUUCCAAGAAGUCAAACUCCAGUGUGCCAAAUCUGCAAAUAUGCAGCAUGGAAUUUAACUACACUAAAUGUGCAUACCUGAAGGCAUGGUAAUAUUCCAGUUCAUCUAGGCCAGUGGUAUUUUAAGUCUGGGUCGUGACCGCAGGGGGAACUGCAGUGGGGUUGCCAAAAUGAUGAUAUAUAUUUUUUUUUGAUCAAAAAACUAAGAGUACAGAUUAUUGUAUGGGACAAUAUACAAAUGUUUUAGAGAAAGAUAAUUAGAAAAAUGCUAUUUUAUUUAGUAAAUAUAUUCAUUGAUUUCUUUUCAUUUUGAUAAGAGAUGAAAAUGUAAUGCAUUAUUGGUUGAUUUGGUUGAUAUUGGUUGAUAUAAAAAUCGGAAUAUACCGAUUUUAAGGUCGUGUCAUUAGAUAUGGGGUGGGUUUGCAAGUCAUUCUUAGAGAAAAAAAAAUGGGGUCCCUAGAAAUUCUGGCUGAAAAAAAUGGGGUUCUCACUGAAAAAGUUUGAAUACCACUGAUCUAGGUUUUGCGUUUUGUUAAGAUUGUACUUGGGAGUGGGUUAGACAAAUUCUAUAUCAAAUGGCUCUCCCUUUGUUAGCAACCAGGGUUCUACUUUACAGUCAGAUAAGUGCCUUGGCCUAAUCUAUGAUCUACAGAGCACUUAAUCCCCAUGUUUUAGAUGACAGCUUUCCAAUGGUGUCAAGUGUGGACAGAGACAUAUCACAGGGGGGCACAAGUCAAAUCAAUGCACAAUUUAUAGGACCAAUACUCCAAGGGGGGGAGAAGUUAACAAUGGACAUCUUUGACGAGAUGAAGUGUGUGUGUCCCUUGUGCUUUUCUACUGCUGUGUGAGCCCGUCAAAGCAGCGAGGACGUUUUAACGGCUACUUACCAUGCAAAGGAAGUCGAUUGGUGUCGUGUCGUACAGGUCCCAGUUCAGCUCAUCUAGUAUAAAACUCUCCAUGCAAAGAAUCUCAGCUAUUGAAAAGUUGCAUCCGCUCUGCACAACAAGGUCCUUGACUGACCCAAUCACCUGCUUCAACAGACAGCAACAAGGAA